AAGAACUCAUCGCGCUGUGUUAAUGUGUGGGUGAGACAGCGUCUUGACAAAGCUGGUCUAACCACACAUGCACGCGUCAGCUUUACUAAAAUCACCAACGUCGUUUUUUACCUUGUUUCAGUGCAGAACUGCGAUCUCGGCAGCAUGACAUAUAUAAUUAAAGCUGUAAUGUUCAAGCUUUGCAUUUUGUUAUUUAAAAAUCAGAUCGUGGCCCCAUCGAAAGCCACUGAGACGGUAGAGCUGAUCAACGCCACCAUUGGAGGAAAUGUGCUAUUUUCUGUGAACUGUACAUCCUACAUGAAUCGAUCAAUAGAAUGGAAGAUGAACGGGUCAACCAUAAAAAAUAUCAUGGUCGAUGACAUCGUAGGCGAUCGCACCAUCUUUGCCGAUUACAGGGAACGGGUGACAGAUUUUAAAAAUUGCUCCUUUUUAUUAACCAACAUUCGACUAAAUGAUACAGGGUAUUACACUGUGACACUGGUGGACACUGAAGGGAAGGAAAUCACAAAAACCAAAAAGUUGUUUGUCACUGCAAAUGGUCGCAAAGAUGACCACUAUAAGCAUGGAGGAAAUACGACCAAGGGCAACAAAAGUGGGAAACUCAAUGCCAUUAUCAUUGGUGUUAGUCUGCUUGGAGCAAUUGUAAUCUGUGUCACACUUAUAUACUUCAUAUGGAGAAGACUGCAGAAAAAUACAGAGACUGAUGGUCAAGGUGUGAAGAGGAACGAGAACCAAAAUAGCUAUGUUCCAGAGAUUGUUUAUUCAACCUAUGUUGGUGCCUUUGUUAACUAUGGGAAGUCACAUCAAACAACUUCUUUGGAUCAAACAUGACAAGACAAGAAAUCUACUGUGAAAAUUAUUUGAUGAACUUGUCUGUUAUUUAAAAGAGCACAGUAGAACGUCUUAGCACAUUUGGACUCCUGUUAUCCAUCUUGUUAGUUAGUCUACACAGGUUUGUGUUGUGGGGCAGCUUAAAUACAAGCACAUCUGCCUGCCCAGCACCCACCUGCAAAUGGAUCCAUCACCGCCCCAAAACACCAUAAUAACUUUCUCCUCGGCAGUUGCAGCCAGCAAUAGCCACAGUGCUGAGUUGAACACAGUGUGCCUGUUUGAAUGGGCCCAUUUUUGACUGGUGUACUGCGCACACACAGGGGGUUGUUUCUAUUCUAAAUCCACCCGGAGAAGAAAUCAGUGCGGUCAGAUCAGCACUUACCAGCAUUUUGAAUCUUGUCAUAAAGUCAAUGGUAAGUAGGACUGGAUGGUUAAAAUGAAGAGACGUCAGCUCACAAGAGGAUGCCAAAGGAAACAUUAAAUUGAUGCUUCCUUCCACCCGUUAUAGCUGAAGUCAAAUAUUUACCAGCACAGAACAUGUUCAUUUAAACAGGCAGUCUGUGCAUUGAUUUAUAUUGCCUUUCUACAGAGUUGAUUUUAGAGUCGUAGAGUCAUAGUCAUGAUACAAUGUGGAAACAGA